GUGGCAAAACGGCACCCGUUGCAUGCCGGAGUCGCUCGGCGCGCCGGGGCUGCGCAAGAGGACAACAGUGACGAGGACCGGCGCGAUCUCGAGGAGGCGGCGGACCAGAGAAUGCGGGCCGAGUUCGUGGAAGAGGAUCUGCUCCUGGCGCGGCAGCGGCUGCAAUUUGCUCUGGAGGAGCAAGAGACGGCCCAGGCGCAGGUCAAGACGGCCCAGGCGCAGGUCGCGACAGCCCAGGAGCAGGUCGCGACAGCCCAGGAGCAGGAAGCAAGGGCGGUGAGGCGUCUCGCUCGGGCGGAGGAAUUGGGCGAUGCGAAAAAGGUGCAGGCGGCGGAGAGGAAGGUGGAAGAAGGAGGUCCAGGAGGCGAAGAAGGAGGUGGAGAAGGCGGAAAGGAAGGUGGAGAGGGCGAAGAAGGAGGUCCAGGAGGCGAAGAAGGAGGUCCAGGAGGCAAAGAAGGAGGACACUAG